GGCGGGGGAAGACACUGAUGCUACCCACCAUGGAGUCGAGCUUCAGCGUGGCGGGGCUGCGACAAGGUUCCCUCUGAUUGCGCCACACCAUGCGCCUCAGUCUCUUCCGGCGCCUUCUUCUUGCCGCGCUGCUGCUGGUGAUUGUCUGGACCCUCUUCGGUCCUUCAGGCCUCGGGGAGGAGCUGCUGAGCCUCUCGCUAGCUUCCCUGCUCCCAGCACCAGCGUCGCCGGGGCCACCCCUAGCUUUGCCUCGCCUCUUGAUCCCUAACGAGGACGCCUGUCACGGCCCUGGCUCCCCUCCUUUCCUGCUCAUCCUGGUGUGUACGGCCCCGGAGAAUCUGAACCAAAGAAACGCCAUUCGGGCCUCGUGGGGUGGGCAGCGCGAGGCCCGAGGGCUCAGGGUGCAGACUCUCUUUCUUCUGGGAGAGCCACGUCCCACCUGGGGCUCCCAUGAGAAUGACCUGGCACGGGAGUCUGCAGCCCGGGGAGACAUCUUACAGGCGGCCUUCCAGGACUCCUACCGCAACCUUACCCUCAAGACCCUCAGCGGGCUGAACUGGGCCUACAAACACUGCCCCAUGGCUCGCUACAUUCUCAAGACCGAUGAUGAUGUGUUUGUCAAUGUCCCGGAACUGGUAUCGGAGCUGGUCCAGCGAGGGGGCCGCUGGGAGCAAUGGGAGAGGGGCAGAGAGGCUGAGGCUGGAGAUGAAGAAUGGGAAGGAGACAGCCCCACUUUGGAGAGCCAGCCCGUGCCUCUUUUGUACCUGGGCCGUGUGCACUGGCGGGUGCAUCCCUCUCGGAGACCAGGGGGCAAACACCAGCUAUCAGAGGAGCAGUGGCCUCCCACCUGGGGCCCCUUUCCACCCUAUGCCUCAGGCACAGGGUAUGUGCUGUCAGUUUCCGCUGUGCAGCUCAUCCUCAAAGUGGCCAGCCGGUCACCUCCUCUACCACUGGAGGAUGUCUUUGUAGGGAUAAGUGCUCGACGAGGAGGCCUCACCCCAACCCACUGUGUCAGGCUGGCUGGUGCCACCCACUACCCCCUGGACCGGUGCUGCUAUGGGAAGUUCCUGCUGACAUCCCACAGGUUGGACCCCUGGAAGAUGCAGGAAGCUUGGAAGCUGGUAGGCGGCUCUGAUGGGGAAAGGACUGCACCCUUCUGCUCCUGGCUCCAGGGAGUCCUGGGCAUUCUGCGGUGUCGGGUAAUAGCCUGGCUUCACAGCUGAGAGCAUCUGGGCCGUGGGAAUGAGGAUCUGAGUCCAGCCAGGACCCCCACAACCCUUCUCCCAGGCCCAAGGUAACUGGCUACAACUGGACAGUUCCCCUACACCUGAUGCUCAGUCUGUCACUGAAGACUGAGGAUACAGGGCAAACCUGGGACCUGGCCUGCCAGCCCCAAAUAUAAUCAUCUGGAGAAUAAAACAUCCAAAGCAGGAGAGGGCACAAGCCCCUUAAUAAACUUGUCUCUCUA